CAUUAUCGGGAGAACACUAUUUUUGUACAGUUUUUUUUUACUGGGAACUUAAAAAACUAAAUUAUUAGAGAGAACACCCUUUAUUUGACGUACUGUAAAAAUUACAUGUCUUUUUAACGAUCGUCUUUUGUUUUCUGCCUCCCGAAAGGAAGCGAUGUUAGUAAGGAGGCCAAUAUAUCACUAUCUACUAUUGUUUUUUUGGUGUACAUAUUAUUAUACGUAUAAAAAGUUAAAUUCAACAUUUACAAGGUCUCAUAUGACUUAAGCUUGAAUUUAAGUACUAUCUUGGGAUGUUUUUCUUUUUUUUGCCAGAAUUGUGGGGCCACUGAAGCCUGCACUGAUGGCCAGGGGCAUUUCCAAUUGAUACUUUCCCAACCUCAUAUCAUUUGCCACCCCGCACUCCUGAUGAGAAAAGAAAAACAUCCCUCAAGAUAAUCCAAAUUCAAGCUCAGAUCACGUGCACGCUCGUAAAGGUUAUCUUUAAUUUUGGUACUACUAGUAACAUAUUUAUCAUAAUCUUUCUAAACCUAUUUAUAUCGUGUAAUAAGAAGAAGUAGAUAUACGGAUUGAGCAGCUUAUUUCUCACAAACACCACUUCAUUUUGGGAGGCAGAAAACCGAUUGUGAAAAUCACUUUUAUUUUUCACAGUAAAUCAAAUAAAAUCUGUUAAAAAUAAUAUAGGUUACCAUAUAAUGACAUGUAAUUUUCACAGAAAUUCAAGUAAAGUCUGUUCUUUCUAAUAAUGAAGAUUUUUUUAGGUCCCAGCUAUGAAAUACUUCCAAAAAUAGUGGCUUCUGGAUAAUACCAAAAUAUCAUAUUUAUUUGAUAAAAAUAUUGCCUAUAAUAGACAAUAUCCCGUCAGACACAAGUGACUUGCUAAAGAUAGGGAAAAUGGCUAUGACUGACUUAUGUAGUUUUAGCAUAAUUUAUUCAUCCUUUAGUACAUCACAGUGAGAAGUAAAGGGAAUUUAAAUAUUUCAUCAAAAAUAUAUAAACAAUAUACAUUGUUAUCUUAAAUAUACUAUGAUUAUCACAGUAUAAAAAUAAAAGGAUUUCCGACAUUUGUCAUCAUUUUUAUUAAAAAAAGCUAUUGCUAACGUCAACAAUGGUAAAUUUCAGAAAUUAUGUUACCAUUCAAAAUUAUAUAUCGUUACUUAAUGCAUUAUCUGGCCAAAUUUACUUUUUCCAUGUUUUCAGUAGGAAUAUUAUAGAAGCAUUGAUCAAGAAUAAACAUUUUUUUAAAUCGUUUCUUAUUUCAAUGGGCAAGGUCAGUUAGAUGUUUCUCCAGUGUGGAGUUCGGCUUUGCAUUAGGUUUAUAGGUAAUGUCCCGUACUGCACUUGUAUUACCCCUUAGAUCUCAGCUUGCUACUAAGUGCAGCCCUUACUGAUGUUAUGCAGAGCUCAGGUAGAACAGGUAGGCUAAAUUAUUGUUCUCCUAGUUUGAGGUCAACAGUUAGUGUCAUGCUGUUGUGUUGGAAGUCUCCAUAUGGUAAUUGCCAAUAAUGUAUGUGUCUCGGACCCAGAAAUAAAGAGCAAGAGCUUUACCCCAUUAGAUGACUGGGAUUUUAAAGCGAUUCUCAAACACUUAAAAUGUUGGUUAGCUUUGUAAAUAAUUUGUAUGUAUUAUUCUGUCAUAAACGUACAAUGUAUUUUGUAAUUGAAGCUAGAUAGUGUUACCUAAAUUGAAAGUAUUUUGUUUGAUAUAUAAAUAUACAAUUAGUUUCAAGUAAUUCUCUAAUAUCAACAUAAUAUAAUCUUAUUUCCAUGUUUUUUUAAUGUAUAAAUUUUACUCUUGUUUGUAUAGCUUAUGAUAAAGAGUCAAAUACACAAGAGUUAAUUACAUUCAUACUCCCCCUUUGAGUAAUUAAAAGCCCAAAGAGUGAUCCUUUCCUUGGCAGAUUUUUCAUGAUUUAGUUGAAAAUUUAUAUAUUGAUCCAUGUGUGUUUUCUUUUGCUAAACCAAGUGUCGUCUUAAAGACAUCCCUAACACCAACUCCCCAACUACACACAAACCAAAAAAGGAGCUAGACUUCUACCAUCAUGGUUAACUACCAAGUGGAAGAACAACAUAGAAUAUUGUAAGACUCAAGAUGUCAAAAUUCUAAUCGUAGUGGUUUAAUAUAUAUUUUACAGAUAACAUUGUCUUGCGAUCUUAAAGAAAUAAAGAAAAUUAAUCAUCUAUUGUAGUUACGCCAAUUUUACAACACAAAUUAUUUGGUGGAUUUAAGUUAUUUACCUAAAAUACUUUAAUAUUGUUUAUAAAUUUGCAAAACCUAAUAGGAAAUUUGAAACUAAGACCCCUAAAUACUAAUUUGAAACUUAAGUUCACAAAAGUUAUGAAAGGAGUGGAUCCAUGCUAAAACAAAUCAAGGAGGUUUUCCUAUCCUCUGUGUACAAAAUUGUACUUUAUAACAAAACUUAUCAUUACACAUAUGUACACAAGUAAUGCAACUAAUGAUACGUUUAGGUCUAACAAAUAAAAGCUAUUUGCAAUUUUGUGGAUUUGUUGUCACAUGUUAUAAGGGUCUGAAGUGGAUUGCUACAUAAAUUGAUUAUUUUCCAAAUGACUAUUAGUAGGUGAAAUUAAUACACAUUCAAACUCUUUUUAGUUUACUUUUUCUUUUAAGUGUUACCUACUUUUUAAACAUCCAAACGAUAGAAUACAAAAGUUUUUUAACAGUCAUAAAUAUAUAAACAAUUGAAAAUAUUUAUUAAAUGUUUAAAAUUAGAAAUGCUCCAACUCUGCGGCCACAAAUAAAUCUUAAGCUAUAUUUAAAUAAACCUUAUUUUAGUCCUCUAAAUUAUUCUCAUGAUUUCCAGUUGUGUCCUAUACAAAUUUCUUAUUGUAUAGAUCUAACAAGACAAUAGUCAAAAAGCAAAGAAAAUCAUAUAUUAAUGGAAUGGCUUUAUUAAUGGAACAUAGAAAACCUUUGUGAUGACAGUUUUAAAAUUUAUUUGUCAGGUAGUUACUGGUAUUUUCUAAGUAGAAGUUUAUUCUCAAAUUUGUUAAUGUUUUGUGUACUAGAACUUGUCUGUAAUUAUUCAACAAUAUUUGAGUUUGACUUUUUUAAACCAAUACUUACAGUAAAAAUUAGUCUGCUGGGAAACUAGUUUUAGAGGACUUAUCAUACCAAAUAUAAAAAAAAAUCACAGAUAAUUCAAUUGUUUUCAUUGUUGUGCUUUUCUCACUCAGUUAUGAGCAACAAUUUGAUAAUAAUGAGAUAACUCGUACAUGAUGAAUCACUUCCCUUCAGUCUUAACAUCAUCCAGUAGCACACUGUUCCUGCCUUCUUCAUCAGUGGCAAUAAGUAUGCAGAGAGUCAAUGACUCACUCACUUUCAUUCAUCCCAAUCAAUUCUUUUGUCACACCGUCCUGAGAACUGGUUUGAAUCAAUUCAUGUGUUAGAAAGUUGUUAGUUCAUCUGAAAGUCCAGUACAGUUCACUUUAAAAACCAAGUUCAUUUUAUUAUUUAGUUUUGAGGAAGUUUUAUUUUAAAACAGCAAGGUAUUUAGGCUUUGAGUGACAAGCUUAGAUGAGUAAACAGGAAGCUGUGUGUAAAGGAUUACCAAAGCCAGGAGACAAAGUUGACAAUGAAGGAGUGCUUCCUGGUGUUGAUUACAUCAAUAUGGGCCUUGAAGACCAGAUGGAAGUGUAUGGGUACCGUAGACAUGCGCUGUCCACUGGCAUCUCUUGGUUCUUCAUUAUCUUGUCUUUGGGUGCUAUUCGUCUAGUCUUCCAUUGGUGGCCACAUUUGAUGCUGUAUGCCACUCACUACCAGUGUCCUCUUAGAAUUGCCGAUAAGCUUCUUAUUGUUGAACGCUAUAAGAAGAAACAUAAGUGUUACCAUGUCAAAACAGUCAGAGUUCUUUCAGUCGAGACUUUGAUAAAGAAGAAUCAGAAACAAGAAAAGUUUCUUCAAGAUGAUAUAGAAGAAGAAGUUUUACUUGAAUUGAUGAAGAAACCUCAGCUUAAACUGCCGGUUCAUGUUUCUGGAGGUUCUUUUAUGGAAAUGUCCAGUCUGAGAACAUUCGAGUGCAAGAAGCAAAGAUACAUUUGGGAUGAAGAAAAGGGAGAAUUCUUCAAACUGGCCGGGCUGGACAGCAGUAUUACAACUGCGGCUUUACACCAGCAGAUUGGACUGAGUCAGAUCCAGCAGUUCCUGAGGCGUUUGGUUUAUGGAAAGAAUGAGAUAAUUGUUCCAAUGAGAGGUGUAAUAGCACUCCUCUUCUUGGAAGUUUUGAAUCCAUUUUACGUCUUCCAGUUCUUUUCCUUUGCGCUUUGGUUUGCUGAUGACUAUGUUUACUACGCUGUUGCUAUCCUCAUCAUGUCCGCUGUCAGCAUUGUCAUGACUGUCAUACAGACACGAAAUAACCAGAUAAAGCUGCACAGUACGAUCCACUCUAGUGAUGUGGUGUCAGUGCUGCAAGCGGUGGGAGACUGCAAGGAGCCGCGGGUAGUCACGAUACCCACGGAACAGCUGGUCCCAGGAGAUCUCAUGUUGGUGCCCACACAUGGCUGCAUCAUGCACUGUGAUGCUGUGUUGUUGGCUGGCAACUGUAUUGUCAACGAGAGUAUGUUGACAGGGGAGAGUGUGCCUGUGACCAAAACUCCCCUGCCCAACUCUCCAGGGGUGAGGUAUGAUGACAAAGAGCAUGCUAGACACACGCUGUUCUGUGGCACUCAUGUGAUACAGACACGAUACUAUGGCAAGGAACGGGUGUAUGCUGUGGUCAUCCGCACUGGCUUCUCGACAGCAAAAGGCAACCUUGUCAGGUCCAUCCUCUACCCCACUCCUGUGGACUUCAAGUUUGAACAAGACUCGUACAAGUUUGUUCAGAUGUUGGCUGGCAUUGCUAGUGUUGGCUUCCUCUAUACUGUUGUCACUAAGGCGAUGCGCGGAGUGCCUGCUAGAGACAUUGCUCUAGAAGCUCUAGACCUGAUAACGAUAGUGGUCCCACCAGCCCUGCCUGCCGCUAUGACUGUGGGUCGUAUGUACGCUCAGUCACGUCUCAAACACAAUCACAUCUACUGCAUCAGCCCCCGCACUAUCAAUGUGUCUGGUUCUAUCAACUGUGUUUGCUUUGAUAAGACUGGCACUCUGACGGAGGAUGGUCUGGACAUGUGGGGUGUGAUACCUGCAGAAAACAGUCACUUUAAAGUACCUGUAAAACAACUAGAACAUAUUAGACCUGGAAAUUUACUUCAUGCCAUGGUGACUUGCCAUUCUCUAACAAUUAUUGACAAUAAGAUUUCUGGCGACCCUCUAGACCUUAAGAUGUUUGAAUCAACUGGAUGGAUACUGGAAGAGCCAGAUGUCAGUGAUGAUACAAAAUUCGAUUUGAUAUCACCUACAGUAGUUCGCUCACCUAAAAUCUCAUCAGGGGAGAGUGGUCAAGAAAUAGGAAUCAUUCGACAGUUUCCGUUUUCAUCAAGUUUGCAGAGAAUGAGCGUGAUAGCGAGGCAACUCAAUGGGUCUCACUUUACAAUCUUCUGUAAAGGAUCCCCGGAAAUGAUUCAAGGUCUCUGUAGGCCUGACACAGUUCCAGCCGACUUCAGUAGACAGCUAGAGGAAUACACACAAGAGGGAUAUCGGGUCCUGGGUAUCGCAUAUCGUGACCUGCCCCCUCGCAUCAGUUAUCCUAAGAUGCAACGGUUGACACGGGAAGAGGUGGAGGCUGAUCUAUACUUUCUUGGACUGGUUGUGCUGGAGAACCGGCUGAAACCUCAGACCACUGGUGUGAUUGACAUCCUUCGAGCUGCUCACAUUCGCACAGUCAUGGUAACAGGUGACAAUGUCUUGACAGCGUUGAGUGUAGCGAGGGAUUGUGGUAUAAUUCCGCCUGGCCAGAGAGUGAUCACCGUCAAUGCCACAACCCCCCACAAUGGCUUUCCUCCCCAGCUCUACUAUAUUCAGUCCCAGCAGCACGUUACGUCCCCCACGGACACUUUGACAAUCUACAAUGAGAGUCAGAUGACUGGGACAGUAAGUCUUAUGAGCAUAGACACCAUUGACUCUGGCAAUGUUACUCUCAACAACAACAUCCCCAACGGGUCGGCACACAACAGCAUCAUGACUGAUCUGGAGAUGCCUGUGGACAACACUAUCUGUGAUCGUAACGACGUGUCAUCUAUAACUAAUUACAGUCUAGCACUGACUGGGACUACGUGGAGUAUUAUCCGUACUCACUUUCCAGAGUUGAUUCCCCGUAUUGCGACCAGGGGUGCUGUCUUUUCUCGCAUGUCUCCGGAUCAGAAGCAGCAGCUGAUACAAUCGUUACAAUCUCUUGGAUAUUAUGUUGCAAUGUGCGGUGAUGGAGCCAAUGAUUGCGGGGCCCUGAAAGCUGCUCACGCAGGUAUUUCCCUGUCAGAGGCGGAGUCAUCUGUGGCUUCUCCCUUCACAUCCAGAGACCCGAACAUCGAGUGUAUCGUCAAGGUUAUCCGUGAGGGUAGAGCGGCUUUGGUCACCUCGUUCGGUAUCUUCAAGUACAUGGCUGCCUACAGCCUGACUCAGUUUAUCUCCGUGAUGAUUCUCUAUUCCAUAGACAGCAACCUGAGUGACAAACAAUACCUCUACAUUGACCUGUUUGUGAUCACCACUUUCGCUUUCCUGCUGGGUCGGACCGAGGCGUACGGGGGACCCCUAGUGUCACUGCCUCCCCAGACUUCGCUCAUGUCUCUCGCUCCCAUCGUCUCCCUCAUCGGACAAAUGGCUAUUGUUGUAAUACUCCAGUUCAUCAGCUUCUUUUCUGUACAACAGUUUGACUGGUUUGUGCCGUUCAAUUCAUCAAACCCAGCGGAAUCACCAGCUGGCUACGAAAAUUAUGCACUGUUUUCAAUAUCCAGUAUGCAGUACGUUAUUUUGGCAGUGGUGUUCUCCAAGGGUGCUCCGUAUCGUCUACCGCUGUACAAGAACUGGAGUUUGCUAAUCACUGUUACUGCCAUCACAGUAUUCACAUUCUAUCUGAUCCUCGGACCUGCCCAGUGGUUUCGGGACCAGUUUGAACUCAUUAUUCCUCCAGCUAUGGACUUUAGGGUGAUAUGCGUUAUUCUGUGUGGUGUCAACUUUAUUUUGGCUGGCAUUCAUGAGUUUUUCAUAUGUGAUUACCUUAUCUUCUACAAACUGAGAGCAAGGCGGAAGGAAAAAGGCAGUGUAAAAAAGAAAUACAUAAGUGUUGAGAAGGAACUAAGAUCGUCCCCAGAGUGGCCUCCACUCAGCACAGAACCCCCGUCCGGUGCCGGCCCUGAGCCUCUCGGCCGUCCAGAGCGUUCCCCUGCCACAGUCACCAUGUACACCGCUUUUCCCUUCCCACCAGGUACGACAUCCACACCAGAGCCGUUUAUGUCUACCGGAGAUGUGCCCAAGAGAGUGCGUGAGCUUUCUAAUGGUGUGGCAACACUGCCUCGCUACUUGCCAAGAGCCGAAAGUCAGUCUUGCCAAUCCGUGGUGCAAGUACACCAGUCUGAAGACAGCCUGUCGCGGUAUGUCACCCCUCCUGAGUCUCCUCAGCACAAUUUUGGAUCAUCCUGAUGUCUGGUCCUUAUCUACCAGUAUUCAUUAGUUAGGGUUGCCAGGUUUUCAGUAUCGUAAUAGUAUUACUGACCAAAGAAGUUCAUAUACUUAUUUUAGUAAACCACUUUUAUAAAUGGUAUCAGAACAGUAUUGGACGUGUACAUAACAUAAAAUAGAGCAUUGUUUGUCUUUCAGACAAUAUUUCAAAUUUUAUGAUGUUAUACUACUUAUUGAACUUUGUGACAAUAGGGUAUUAUUUUGUCUGAUUUUAACUUUUUUUAUGACUUAACAAUUUUAUGUUAGUUUACACAAAUUGUAAUCCUAGGUUAACAAAGUAUUUAGUUCUUGUUGAACUUACGUUUAUUGGGGCUUAUUGAACUGGUGGCUUUACGUUAUAGGGAAGAAAUAUUCCUACUAACUUCCGAAUCUUCCCUAGUUAUAAACUAUUUUUCUCUUAGACAGCAUAAUUUUGUAGUAAUUGGUAAGCUAGUAUUUAGCAACACAUUUUAAAGGACAAUAAAAUGUCCUUAAUUUUAAAAUCAGUAGAGGUCUAUAGUUAUAAUAACUUAGAUAGGUCAUCUAGAUUUAUUUAUCUGUGAUUGAUAUUUAGAUAUAUUUUUAUUGUUAUGAUCAAUAUGUACGAAAUAACAUUGUGAACAGAUAGAUCUGAAGCUGAAACAGAAUUGACCAAAUUUUUGAACUAGCACACUGAGCAUUUACGCUCAUAAAAUUAGGAAAUAUGGUUUAUAUUAUACAUAAUUAAAGCACAAAUUAAUAGAUUACUGUUAUUUUAAGUGUUUAUUGAAUUAAUAUUUUGUAUUUGUAUGUUUUGCCAAAUAAUAGUAAUGAAAUCAUUUAGGGUUUAUAUAAAAAGAAUAAGUAAAACUGAAGAAAUAUUUUAUAUUUGUCUUAAGAUUAAUGUUCAUCUUGCUUCAGUAUAAAAUGUAAAGUGAUUAGAUUAAACUUGCCCAUACCCAAUAACUGUAGCAAAUAAAUCUAUAAUUGUGAUGAA